AUGAGGGGCCCUAGUCCUUACCUUCACGAGCAGCAGCAGCGGCAGCUACAGCAGCAGCAGCAGCAACUGCAGCAGCAGCAGCAGCAGCAAGAGCAGAAGCGGCAGCGGCGAAGCUGGUUGCAAGGCAAUCAAAGGGAAGGAACUCCUUCCAUCUGUGGGGCCCCCACAACUCCGAAAUACCACUCCACCCAUGAGGGCCCCGGGGGCCCCCAGAACUCUGGGGGCCCCCAGGAUACUGGGCGCCCCCAGGUUACUGGGGGCCCCCAGGGUGUAGGGGGGCCCGGGGGCCCCCGGGGCCCCGGGGGCCCCCAUGGGUCUGGGGGCCAGAUGGGCCCUGGGGGCCCCCGGGGUUGGAGGCAGCAGCGGCAAACCCAAAAGGGUCUUUUUGGGGGCCCCUGUGGGGCCCCGGGGGCCCCCGGGGCCCCGGGGGCCCCCGGGGCCCCCGGGACCUUGGGGGCCCUUGGGCCCCAGUCUUAUUCCCGGUAUUUGGGGAAGCCUGUUUGGAUUUAUACGGGAGGGGACACUUCUGUCUCCCAGCAGCAGCAGCAGCUGCAGCAGCAGCAGCAGCAGCUGCAGCAGCAGCAGCAGCAGCUGCAGCAGCAGCAGCAGCAGCAGCAAACAGAAGAGGAGAGGGAGGCCCGGGCUCUAGACCCCUUUAUUCGCGGAGUGCUUUGCAAGCCGCAGCCUGAGGGCCUGCCAGCAAACGUAGUAGCUGUUGCAAUUCCUGCAGCAGCAGCAGCAGCAGCUGCUGCUGCUGCUGCUGCUGCUGCUGCUGCUGAGCCUGCUGGUGGUGACGCUGAGGGAGGGCAGCAGGUUGUCUAUGCGCCGAUGGAGACAGUUUUUCCGUCUGAUGAGGUCUUUGGCGUGCCGGACAACACUCAGCUGCUGCACCUGAACGUGCCCAACGUGUUGGAGAAUUUGCGCCGGCGGUAUUUGGCGGCGGCGGGGGCGGCGAAGCAGCACCACAUUUAUGUAAAUAAAUAA